CAUCGUCCUCGCCCUCCCCGCGAGGUUCCAGGGCGGAUCCCAUCAUGGUCGAGAACUCUCCGGCCCCGCUGCCCGAACGGGCCAUUUACGGAUUUGCGCUUUUUUUGGGCUCGUGGUUUGGCUUCAUUUUGUACCUUAUCUGGGCUUAUAUUCCUGAGACUUGGCUGUUCUCCCUGGGACUGACAUACUGGCCUCAAAAGUACUGGGCAGUUGCUCUGCCAGUUUAUCUCCUGGUGGCCGUGGGAAUUGGUUAUAUUUUGCUUUUUGGGAUUAACAUGAUGAGCACAGCUCCACUCAACUCCACUCACACCAUCACAGAUAACUUUGCAAAAAAGCAGCAGCAGAAGAAAUUCCAAGAGGAGGCAAUUCCAGCACUGAGGGAUAUUCCCAUCAGUGAAGUCAACAGGAUGUUUUUCCUCCCUGAAAAAGGGAUCUGCAAUAGCAGAUAGUUAUUAUUGAAAUUAAAAUUAUUGUUAUUAUAUAGUUGUUAGUAAAGUCUGUUUGAACAAAGGAUUAAUAAAACUUACAGAGGGACACUUAAAACCUCUCCAAAAAAAAAAAAAAUGAAAACUCUUUCUGCUUUUUCCCCCCUGAAUUUCUAAUUGAAUUUAUUAUUAUUAUUAUUAUUAUUAUUUACCUUAAUAACCUGCAUUGCUCUAAGAAUGAUGCCCCCAAUAAUUUAUCUGGUUAUUCUUUAAAAAUUAAAAAAAAGUGGGUUUAAAAGUGUUCUGGUACUUGCAGCUUUCUGCUUAGAAUUCCUCUCUGAGAGGGUAAAAAAGCAGCUUUUAGACAGAAUUUAAUUCUAUUUCUCUUUACAUUCAGGGACAGAAAAUGUGUUUAGCCAAUCAAACACUUGAGGAUCUUUUUUUUAAUUAUUAAUUGGAAGUGUUUGCAGUGUAAAUAUAUUAUUUGCCUUUGUAAAUAUUAAUAAAAUGUGGCUGAUUUUUCCAUGCUCACCAUUUUCCUGUGGUUCUGGCAGUUUCUCCUGGGUUCAGGUGUAUAAUUCUCCAUUUUCCUUCACCCAAUUCUUUAUUCAGCCAAAUCUGUUGAUUCCCCCACCCCCCAAAUUAUCAGAUUCACUCAAUUACCAAAAAUAAUAAAGGUGGGUUGUGAAGAUUUGCUGAAACAAAUCCUGAAAUUACUUUUUUAAACUUAUUUUUAGGAAUACUGAAAACUAAAUUCAAGGAAAUAGCUGGAAAUACAAGAAGUGACAGGUCCAUGCUAUUAAAACCCAAGGUUAAGUGGUUCAGAUAUUUUUUUAAACAGUGAAUUUUACUUUUCUUUUGUUUAUUUCCUUUAUCUCAAAUUCAGGUGUCUCCAGGACUCAACGUUAUUUAGGUCUAAAUAAAGCCCAGUGAAUAGAACCUCAUUAUUUAUUAAGCCUGUAACCAACUUCAGCAGAGAAUUUAGUUUAAAAUGUUCUUAUUUCAUUAAAAGAUAAUAAAUUUUUGGAGAAUUUGUGUGAAAAA